AUGGAGCGUCCUUUGGCAGUUAGCACGGAGAGAUACAGUGGUUAUAACGUCGCGGUUGUCGUCUUCGCCGCCUUUGGCUCUUGGCUGAGUGGUUACGGGUUGGCGGUCAUCAUCGCCACUAUUGGCCAGCCGUCCUUCUACGCAAGCAUUGACCUGGAUCCUGAUCCGACGUCGCCAGGAUACCGGCAUACUUCUGAUAUUAUUGCCACUGUUCAAGGUAUAUUCUUCGCUGGUGGUGCACUUGGGUGUAUCUUCGCUGGCUCAGUUGGUCGUUUACUCGGCCGAAUACGUUCGUUUCAACUCUGUGCAGCAAUCUGCAUCACUGGGGCCGCAAUACAGACAGGUGCUGUGAACCAGGCCAUGUACAUCGCUGCUCGAUUCAUUACGGGGUUUGGUACGGGCCACACUUUUGCUGCUAUGCCUGUAUAUCUCGCGGAGGUUGCACCUCCUCAUUCUCGAGGACUGAUGGUGGGAGUCCACGGUUCUGUGGUCAAUGUCGGAUAUAUGACUGCGGCCUGGGUUGGGUUUGGCACCUUUCACUCUUCAAGCUCUUUCGCCUGGCGAUUCCCUAACGCGAUCUUGAUUAUUUUGGCACUUUGCUUUUUCGCAGGCACAUUCUACAUGCCUGAAAGCCCUCGGUGGCUCGUAUUGAAAGACCGUGAUGACGAGGCUCUCAAGAUCUUGCGACGCCUGCAUCAUGAUCCCAGCGACCCGCAGGAUUCUUUUGCUCGUCGAGAGCUCCGACUUAUCCAUAAACAGAUCGCCCUGGAUAACCGUGCUCUUCAAGAGGGUGGCCGCUGGCAGCUGUUCACCGAACCAACUUAUCGCAGGCGUAUCAUUCUGUCAAUCCUCGUCGUUGUCGGAACACAGAACACAGCAAUUCUGGUCAUCACCAACUACAAUGCCCUCUUCUACCAGUCACUGGGCUUGAGUAACUCGGAAGCAUUGAUUACCUCGGCGGGAUUCCAGACCUGGGCUGUUAUCUGGGGAUUUCUUGGACUGCCGCUCUCGGAUCGUGUGGGACGAAGACGGCUGCUCUUAAUCGGAUUCGUUUCCAUCGCAUGUGUGCUGAGCAUUGCGACUGGCUUGAUUGCAAAGUACAAUCGAACACGAACCAAAUCUUGGGCGGCCGCAUCACUGGCUUUCCUCUACCUGUUCGUGAGCUGCUACACGUGUUUCAUCGAAGUCAACUGUUGGACCGUUGCUACCGAGAUAUUUCCAUCGCAUCUCCGCCCGCAAGGAACGGGGAUUGCAAUUGCAGCCUUGAUGCUGACCGACCUGUUAUGGCUCCAGCUAGCUCCAACUGCACAGAGCACUAUCGGGUGGAAGUACUAUAUUGUGUUUAUCGUUCUCACGGCUGCACAUGCCGUCUACUUCUACUUCGAGCUUCCAGAGGCGAGUACUUCUGGACUUGCCUUGGAGGAGAUCGACAAACUCUUUGGAAAGGAACCGGCCAGUUGUUUGGCAGACGUUGAAAAUGACGACUAUGAGAAAGGCGAGGAUCAUGUAGAGCACGGGGCCGUGGCAGAGGUUGAAAAGAGAGACUAA